UUGGAUAAGGUUUUCAAUCUCAGUUAAUUUAAGUGAUAAAGUAAAAAGUAGGGAAAGAAAUAUUGGAUUUUUUUAAUUCCGAAGCCCUAAUUGUGUUUCUAUGGUGUACCCGCAACAUCAAAACAAGUUCACAAUUUAGUACGUGGCUAUUCGUUGAUGGAUAAUGGCGGCAACCAAUAUUCUUCUACCCGCUUGUAAUUUAAAAUUAAUGUGCCGACUUACGAGGAUACAUCGAGUGCUAUUGUUACAACGUGUAGACAUAUUUUUAGGAUUUCUUAAGAAAUGUCUGACAACGAAGUUGUUAAUGCCUGCUUAGAUGAGGAUUGGCUUGCAGAUUUGAUAAAGGAAUAUGAAAAGGAAGCCACAGAAGAACUUAAUUGGGUGAUCGUAUUUCUGCAGCCAAAAACGCGGCAAACAGUAUGGGAAAUGUGCGCAAUUCUUGACGUCCUCGGUAAAGGUGUUCCCGGUCAGGCCUGCUAUCUGAUGGAGCGCUACCUGGCCAUACAUAUGCGAAAGUUUUUACAACAAUCACGUAGUGUCGAGGAGUGGAUCACAUACAAGGCUUUGGUAAAUUCACGGUUGAACCAAAUAAUGCUGGGCUGCGUGAUUCUUGCUGGCAAGAUGAUGAGCAACAACCCUUCAUUGGCCGCUAACAUCGUCCAUAACAAUCUAUUGAGAAAGGGCGUAAGAGGCUACACCAAGAGAGACAUUGUGGAGUUUGAGUUCCAUGUAUUUAAAACUUUAGAUUUCCGCCUUCCUUUGUGGUCGACUCUGGAUACCAGCGAGUAUCUGUUGAAGCGUCUAGGAAUCGAACGUGCCAAUGUAGCACUAGCAACGAGCUUGAUGAAUGACUUGGCUGAAUACUAUCGCCAUGACAUAGAUUAUCGUACAAGACUCUGGUCUAUGAGAAAUACGCCGAGUUCUUCUACAUCCUCGUCUAGUAUGCCAUAUCCUAGACGUUUGUAUAAUUUACAUUUCUGCGCGGGCGUGGUGGCAGCUGCCAUUAGGUUCAUGAAUCACCCGAUGGAUUCCCCCUGGGUCAGGCUGGCCCAACUCGUUCGCGCCUGUCCUGCCUACAUCGGUGCUAUUGCAAACGAUAUAUACUGGGUGGCGAUGGCUCCCAACAAGAAAAACAAAUCCCCGGAUCAAAUAGGACCAGCAUCCAAGAGAGUAUGCCAUUAAAAUGAUUAUUUGGUACUAAGGGUACGUUCAAGAUAAGGUGAUGCUGAUUUUAGGUUUCACAAUUUGACUAUAACAAUAAUACCAAGACAUAACCAGCUGUACCUUUGAGAUCUAUCAGGGAUCUAUCAGACAGGGAGUUUUGCGUUCUUUGUGCCAUAUUACAUGUAUUUUGUGUGUUCUUCGUGUAUAUGUCUGAUAGACAUUAUAUUAUCGUCAUAGUU